CUCUGAUUAACAUAAAAUUCCAAUCCCCCCAUAUGUCAGCAGCUGGUCUCCCAGCACAAUAACCACAAUAGCCAUCCCCUAUUGAAUGGUCUACCGAAUAAUAAAAACCCGUACUUGACUGGCUGUCUGCUCAGUGGCAGUGUGAAUCACCAGAUAUCGUAGUUGUUGGCCCUCCCCUCUUAUAGUGACAGUGACGUACGAAAUGGAGUGAAAAUCAUCAGUUUCCGCGCUUUGUCCUGUCCCCAUAAACUCAGUGGUGCUGUCAUUCCCUCGACACUCUAUUUACCCAAAAAUUCCUGAAUAUCUGGUGAACCCGUGAUAAACAGCAGAUUAAUUCCCACAUUCCACUCCAAAAAUACAAUUUAAAGCGUAAAAAGUGUUCAAUUGAAGAGUUUAAAGUUUCCUGAAACGUCUAAACAACAGCAAAAUAAUAAACAAGAUCAACAAAGAUCAGAAUUCAUUGUCAACACGAGAUAAUGACGUGAAUUGGAGGCAUGCAGGCUGUUGACAGAUAACAAAGAACAAUCAUUCGAGGAAGUCCAAGUGAAAAUAAGAACAGGGGGGCGUUAUGGAGGGUGGCAUAAUAGAAACACCAGACACAACUCAGAGUGCAUCGAGUUACGAGGAAUUGUCGAACAAUGGGUGUUGCAAUCCAAAGGGCAAGCCCUGGAGAUUCCUCGGACUUGCACUCAUGUGUCUACUGGGCUUUGGCUCGUACUUUUGUUACGACAAUCCUGCUGCCCUGCAGGAUUACUUCAAAAAUGACCUCGGCAUGUCCACGAGUCAGUUUGUACUGCUGUACUCCAUCUACUCGUGGCCAAAUGUCGUUCUGUGUUUUAUUGGAGGGUUUCUCUUGGACAGUGUCUUUGGCAUUCGUCUCGGGACUAUUAUUUACAUGGGACUGGCCCUUGCUGGACAACUGAUAUUCGCCACUGGGGCCAUCUUCAAUGCUUUCUGGACCAUGAUGAUGGGGCGGUUGAUAUUUGGAAUUGGAGCAGAAUCUCUCGCAGUAGCUCAAAACAGUUACGCAGUCCUCUGGUUCAAAGGAAAAGAAUUGAACAUGGUAUUCGGCCUCCAGCUGUCCUUCGCAAGACUAGGCUCAACCGUAAACUUCCUCGUGAUGGAGCCGAUCUACGGUUACGUGGCUAAAUCGUACUCAGGUGCCCAGUGCAUCGGAGCUGUUCUCUUCCUGGCGUCUCUCACCUGCGUAUUCUCGAUGCUCUGCGCCGUGUCCCUGAGCCUCAUGGACAGACGCACCGAGACUUUACUCCGUCGAGGUCACGGUGAAGAGAAAGAGGUCAUCAGAUUGACGGAUGUCAAAAGUUUCAACGGAAUCUUCUGGCUCAUAGCUAUUAUCUGCAUCGCCUACUACGUGGCUAUCUUCCCCUUCAUCGCGCUUGGGAAAGUUUAUUUCAUGAGGAAAUACGAGUUCGACGCAGCAUCCGCCAACACAGUGAAUUCAUUAAUUUACUCAAUCUCAGCGAUUGCUUCACCUGUCUUCGGUUAUGCUGUGGACAGACUGGGGAAGAAUGUCCUUUGGGUGUUCCUCAGUAUCAUAGGGACCAUUGUGGCCCACGGACUGCUGGCCUUCACCUACGUCGACCCUUACGUUUGCAUGAUCACCAUGGGGCUCUCUUACUCGAUGCUGGCCAGCAGUUUGUGGCCCCUGAUUGCUCUUGUCAUUCCAGAGUAUCAACUGGGGACUGCCUAUGGCAUUGCUCAGGCUGUUCAGAACCUAGGACUUGCUGUGGUAUCGAUCCUCGCUGGGAUGAUUGUCGACAGGGGAGGGUACCUCAUGCUCGAGAUGUUUUUCCUCGGCUGGCUCUGGGUAUCUCUAGUUACAAGCGUGAUAAUAUGGGUAAACGAUAUAUCUAAAACGGGAGGCUAUCUGAACAUGACACCAAAACAACGAGAGAUCUACGAGGCUAGUCGACCAACAGUAGACAGACUGGAGCGUGAAAAACUUCUAUCAAACGAAUCAACAUCUGACUUAUCCGCCGACGACUUGUUACAGCCCCAGUCCGACAUAAGUAUACGAAAUCGCUAUCUCUCCAGAAUUGGAGCGACGCUCCCAGGGCCGGUUAAAGCCACUGCGUACAGAGCACUACGAUGACCGGUCAUUAUUUAGGCCCAUUAAAUUGCAUAAUCCACUAAUAUCACGUGUAUCGGACGAUAAUCGAUAUUGCUCACUGUGUCUUCCCCCCCUUGUCGCAGCAUGGCAUAAUUAAUCUGUGAUACAUUGAUAGAAUUAACGUUAAUGUAAGAGCAUAAUAUAUCGACAAUUUAUUGACAGAGACGUUUUAUCGUGUUUGAAGAUACAGAAAACGAUAAUUGUUGAUUAAACCCUGCUCCGUGUAUUUUAUCUAAUUUUUUGGGUGUUUUAGCCUUUCUAUCCUGGGGGAUGAAACUGUUUUUACGCUGGAAAAGAAUAGAUCACCCCCAGAGGAUAAUUCACACCGAAGAAAUGAUAAAUCAACCCAACAGUCGUGUUAUUUCAUUCUUGAGAUUGUAUACCUUAAGAAGAGAUGAAAUAAACUGGAGAACUGAGAGAAACAAAAUAUUGUCUCAAAGCAAUUGGCUCAACCAAAAAAAUUGCAAGUUUGAAAGUACAAGAAAUUAAUCCUUAAAUUAAAUAAUAAUGGAGAUUUUGAAAGUAUAACAAAAUAAUUAUUGAUGAACUUCUCUUCAUAUUUAGAUAUUUUCAUCCUUGAAAGGAAUUAAAGUAAUUUAUUAAAUGUAAAUACAAUUGGGGUUUUAAAUUCGAAUAAUUUUUUUUUGUAAUUUUCAACUGGCGAUUUUUUGGCCCAAGCAAGACUUGUUUGAGAACUUAUUUAUUUUUCAGAGUGCAGGCAAGGGUUAAUUCACAUUUAGUGUUUUUCGUGUGAAUCUGUAAUUAUUCAUAGAGAAAUCUGAAGGUUGAUGAAGGAGUAGUGACGCACAAUAAUUAUUGAGGAAUUAUAUUGAGUAAUGAUCAAUUGAUGCAGUGAGGAACUGGUGAAAGAGACUGAGUCAAUCCCAGGGUCUCAUCCGGGACUAUUUCAGCCUGUUUCACCCCUUCGUAACUCACUACUAGCAAAUAAAUCAACAGAUAUGCAUUUUAUAAAGAAUGAAUCAUAAUAGAAUUAGAAGUAAGACGAAGAUUAUGGGAAAUUUGGUGGAGUGCAAGUGUGUACUGUAAUUCUGUUUUAUAAUAAAACAUCUGAUCAUUCCAA